AUGGCGAGCCUCCCGAAAACAAUGAAGGGCGUGUGGAUCGAGAAGACAGGCGGCACCGAGGUCCUGCAGUAUAAGGAGGACAUUCCCGUGCCGGAGGUCAAGGAUGGGCAGGUGCUGGUUAAAAACGAGUUCAUUGGGAUCAACUACAUCGACACAUACUUCCGCUCUGGCGUUUACCCACUCCCCCACACGCCCUACAUCCUCGGCCGCGAGGGCGCCGGCACCAUCGCCGCGCUCGGCUCCAAUGUCCCCGAUGACUUGCAGUUGGGCACCAGGGUUGCGUACAUGGGACAGUGCGCGUACGCCGAGUACACGCCUGUCGACGCCAAGUUCACCGUCGCGAUUCCGGAUUCUGUAGACGCGAAGAUAGCAGCGGCGGCACUCCUCCAGGCGCUCACUGCCGUAACCCUGAUCCGUGAAGCGCACCCCGUGCAGAAGGGCGACUGGGUCCUCGUCACCGCGGCCGCGGGCGGAGUUGGGCUCUGGCUGUGCCAGCUGCUCAAGGCCGUGGGCGCGCGCACGAUUGCGGCCGCGAGUUCGCCUGAGAAGCGGGAGCUCGCGAAGAAGAACGGUGCCGAGGUGGUGGUGGACUACCACGAGGAGGACCGGGAGAAGUUCACGAAAGAGGUUAUUGAGAUUACAGGGGGCGAGGGCGUGGCCGCCGUGUUUGAUAGUGUUGGCAAGGCGACGUUCGAUAGCAGCUUAGCCGCUGUGAAGAGGAAGGGGAGCAUGGUGAGCUUUGGGAAUGCGAGUGGCCCUGUUACGGGAUUUGCGCUGGGACGGCUCUCGGCCAAGAACGUCAAACUUCUCCGCCCCACGCUGUUCAACUACGUCUACACGCGCGACGAGCUCAAGCAGUACGCCGCCGAGGUGUGGAAGUUCAUUGAGAAGGACGGGUUGAAUGUCGCGAUUCACGAUGUGUAUCCGCUCAAAGAUGUAGUCAGGGCGACGGAAGAUAUCCAGAGUCGGAAGACCACAGGGAAGCUGCUUCUGCGGCCUUGA